GUGUUUAUAAAGUCUAUGCAGAAGUCUGAGUUACAAAACAUCAUUGAUAUGAAAAUCUUCUUUGGGUAAAAUUUCAAGAAAGUAUGAAUAAUAUCAGUCAAACCUAAACUUUGAAGCUAGUGUCCUCAACAAGAACCGAUUAAUGGGAUUGCUAACUGCUAAUCAUUUUCAAAGUCUCGCAUCAAAUUGAAUCAUAUUCCUGAUCAAAAGAAGCUAGAAAGGAAAAACCGGAUUUCAUUUAAAAAAUUUACGCACCUCCACUGCGAUAUUUCAGAAAACUGAAAAUUAUGUUUUUAUGUAAGAAGCAGCACGUUUUGUUGCUCUUACUUUUAAAAACUUUAGAAAUAAGUGCACAGUUGUCGUAUCAAGCGAAGAAAAAAUCUGUCAGAUAUCAAGGAAUCAUGAAUCGCUUUGAAGAGACGUUGCCGCCCAUCGAUUUGGAAAUACUUUUAAUGGAUAUUUUGCCUCGAAUGAAAUCAGAAUUCAACUGCCUUGCCAUCUUUAUGGACAGCUAUCAUGAUACGCUUUUUCAAUCUCUCUUUUAUCAAAAAUUCAACUUCAUUCCUAAUUUUAAGAUUCUGGUGAAAGACUCAGAGGAUUUACUGUCUCCUAAUUUCAAAACACUUUCCGUUAUUGAAAGGAUCCGUAAAGAAGGUUGCAGUACUUACAUUCUUCUGAUUUCAAAUGCCAUUCAAGUUGCUCGGUUUCUGCGCUUUGGGGACAGGUAUCGAGUUAUAGACACUCGAGCAAAAUUUCUUCUGCUACAUGAUUGGCGCCUGUUUCAUGCUGAUUAUCAUUAUCUCUGGAAGAAGAUUGUCAAUGUCAUAUUCAUCCGACGAUAUGUAAACUCAGAUAGGUAUGAGCUAUCAACAGUUCCAUUCCCUGUACCCAUCAGAGGAGCUUUAGUUCCAAGAAGAAUUGACACUUGGAGACGCGGAAAAUUUCAGACCAAUUUAGACUUGUUUCAUGACAAAACCUCUGACCUUCAAGGGCAAACACUUAGCGUUGUCACAUUUGAACAUGUACCAUCAGUUGUCAAAAGCAGUAUCCCGUCACAAAAUGAAACAGAUGAUGAACAAGGUGAAUCAGUUGCUUAUGGUGGACUUGAAAUUGAGGUACUCCAAACUUUGGCCUCUGCAAUGAAUUUCCGUCCCAAUCUUUAUGAAUCUGUCAACUCUGCUUCAGAGCAGUGGGGUAGAGUCCAGUUGAAUGGCUCUUUCUCCGGACUACUCGGUGAAAUUUGUAGCGGAAGGGCUGAAAUAGCACUUGGAAAUUUGUACUACACUCCAUAUCACCUCCAGAUUCUGGACUUGUCCACACCGUACACAACUCAGUGUCUCACGUUUUUGACUCCAGAAUCUCUGUCAGAUAAUUCAUGGAAGACUCUCAUUUUGCCAUUCCAUAAGUCUAUGUGGAUUGCAGUUCUAAUAGUUUUACUACUCGGCGGUUUCUUAUUUUACAGCCUAGCAAAUUUUCAUCGAUAUCUAGAAAAGAAAGACUAUUCAAAAUCUGGGGCUAGCAAGAUUGAGAUGAAAGUUUCAAAAGAAAAUACUGCUAUAAAUUACAUCAAGAAGAAAACUAGCUCAUUCCUGUAUCUCCUUCGGAGGUUAUGUGUCGAUAAAAAGAAGAUCGAUAUGGAAAUGAGGUUGCAUGAGGGUACAAAAAAUAUAUAUUUCAAUUAUUACAAGAGUCCUCAAAAGUUGACAAAAGUAAAAAUUGAGAAAAAGAAAAAGGUCACAAUAUCAGAGGACUCAGAUUCGAUAAAGUCGCAAGGUCUGUACCUAUUUGAAAGCUUGCAGAACAGUAUUUUGUACACCUUCGGGAUGUUGAUACUUGUCUCAUUACCUAAAAUCCCGACUGGCUGGGCAUUGAGAAUUUUAAGUGGAUGGUGGUGGAUCUACUGCCUUUUAGUAGCUGUUUCCUAUCGAGCAAGUCUGACCGCUAUUCUAGCAAAUCCAGUUCCACGUGUUACAAUUGAUACUUUAGAGCAGUUGGCUGAGGACAACUCUGUUUUAUGUGGUGGAUGGGGAGAGCAGAACAGGAAUUUUUUCCUCUCUUCAUUAGAUGCUGCUGGGCAAAAAAUUGGCAGAAAAUUUGAGGAUGUACCAAACGCUCAAGAAGCUGUCGACAGAAUCAUGCAAGGACGUUUUGCUUAUUAUGAAAAUAUUUAUUUCCUCCAGUUUCUCAGUCAGAACAGAAAAGUUUCUGGGCACAAAAGCAACUCCACGAAUGAUCACCAAGAGAACAAUUCAGAAAAACUGCUCCACAUAAUGAAAGAUUGCUCAAUCAACAUGCCGAUAUCAAUUGGACUACAGAAGAAUUCACCAUUGAAACCCCGUGUUGAUAGAUUUUUACGACGAGUUAUUGAAGGAGGCCUAGUUAAAAAAUGGUUAAACGAUGUGAUGUUGGUGAUCUUAACCGAGGAAGCCUCUCUAGAUAGUGAAGAAGUGAAAGCUCUUAUGAAUUUGAAGAAAUUGUAUGGUGCAAUAGUUGCUCUCUUCGGCGGCUAUGUUAUCAGUAUUUUAGCACUACUUGUCGAGCUCUGUGUAUGGUAUUGUUUUGUUCAAAGAGACCCAAACUAUGAUAAAUAUGCAAGAGAUUUGUACUACAAAAAGGCAGCACUUCGUCAGUAGUUUGCAUUGUUUCCGCACUCAGUGAUUUCUUCUUCGUUCAAAUAAAAUGAAAGGAUAUUUGGCAUUCCAGA